AUGGCUCCAAAUGUUCAGUGCUGGGCAUUUGAUGCACUUCUGAAUUCACUUGAUUCACGUGGGGUGAGGGAAUCUCAUCUGCGACUAAUGUUGCAAAAGGUUGAGAGUUCCUUUAAGGAAAAUGUUCGUAAGAAUACACAAUGUUCUAAAGUUGGAAGCAGAGCCGAAGCAUGUGUUAAAAAUGAAGCUGACGAAACCGAUUCCAGUCCUGAUCGCCAUACUGGAUCUGACAGUCCUAGCAGUACGCUUUGUGGCUUGAACUCUGACAGUUCGGAAACUUCCUCAUCUUUCAAAAUUGAGCUUGGGAAAAGUGAGACAGACAAGAAAUCUGCCUUGAGAAGGUAUCAAGAUUUUCAAAAGUGGACGUGGAAAGAAUGCUAUAAUUCAUCGAUAUUAUGUGCAAUGAAAUAUGGGAAGAGAAGAUGCAAACCUCAGGUUGUCGUCUGUGAUAUCUGUCUCAACCCUUAUUUCUUUGAAGAUUCUCAUUGCAAUUGUUGCCACCGGACUUUUCCCUCAAACAAUGGAUUUAAUUUUACUAAACAUGCAUUUCAAUGUGGAGACAAAUUAUCAAAAGAUAUUUGUAUUUUAGAUUCUUCUCUUCCCUUGCGGACAAGAUUGAUUAAGGCCCUGCUAGCUUUUAUUGAGGUUUCUAUUCCACCUGAAGCAUUUCAAUCAAAUUGGAUCGAAUAUAUUAGGAGGCAUUGGAGCGUGAAGUUGAGCAAAUCAUCUUCUGUUGAGGAACUGUUACAGAUAUUGUCCCUACUUGAGAGAGCAUUGAAGCGGGACUUUCUAUCAUCAACCUUCUCUACUACAGGGGAACAGUUGGGGUUGAAUGCUACGUCAGAGAGUGCUGCACAAACCUCUGCCGAUCCUGAAUCAGUUGCUGUACUUCCAUGGGUUCCACUGACCACUGCAGCCGUGGCUCUCAGACUUUUUGAGUUUGAUGAAUCAAUUGUCUACGUACUGCAUGAUAAACCCGAGCCUUGUGAGGAGAAAGAAGAUAGGCAAUACGUAAAGCUUCCGUCAAGAUACAAUGGUUCCAAAUCUAUUAAAGUUUCUGAACCAGUAGACUUGGACCGUGAUGAAUUCAUGAAAGUUAAAUCUACUUCUGCGAAAGUUGUGAAAAGCAACAAUAAACGAGGACGAGGGAGUUCUGUCAAAGGACGGGGUAAAAAUAUAUCUAAAGCCAAACAAAAUAAUGGCCGGCGGCGUAGUGCUAAGGUUGCUGGGAAUCUAAGUCAAAGGAUAAAACAACAGGGAGGGGGAUCACAAGGACAAGCUGGUGGGCGUGGUCGACGGACAGUUCGGAAAAGAAGAGUAGGCAAAAAGGCUGUUGAAGAUCUUUUGCUGAGCCAUAGGGGUGCCUCUCAUAGCUCCAAAAUUGCUAUGGAAUCGUUGAGAAACUUGGAUGAGGAUUGGGAUGAUGAAAAGGCAAGUCCAAUGACUCCCAUCCACAUGGGGGCUGCUAACGUUAGUAACAGCACUGAUGAGGCUGAAUCUGAUGACAAUGUCCAAGCAAUGGAGUCUGAUGACAAUGUCCAAGCAGUGGAAUCUGAUGACAAUGGGCAAGCAGUGGAAUCUGAUGACAAUGGCCAAGCUGUGGAAUAUGAUCAAGGAAACUGGGAAAUAGGUUUUAAUGGCAACUCCAGUAGCAGAUGGAGGAGGGAUUUGGUAAUGAGUGAUGAAGAUGUGGAAGCUUCCGAAGAUGACAAUGGCAUCGAAGAGAAUGAAGAGGAGGAUUCAGAGGCAGAUGGUAUGAGCGAGGGUUCAGAUGGUACCGCAAACAGAAUUGUAAAUGAAGAAAGCUCAGACUCGGAUGUCUCUGAAGAUUCUUCUGAUUAG